UCACAAGCUCCCUUUAUUUUUGCCAUUUUAAACCAGCAAAAAACAGCAGAUCUGCAGUCAACAGCAGGAUCUGGUCUGGUUCUUCAGUAUGUCUAAACGUUUAUCUUCUUUGGAGGUCUUCCUCUGCAUCAUUUCUUCUCUUCUUCUCAUCUGUUGCAUAAGUCUCAUUGUCGUUGCCUGGGUCAGUCUGAAGCCUGAAGGCACAGAAGAGCCUGUGCAGUUAUCAGGCCAGGUGGUGAUUGUUGCYGGGGCUGAGUUUUCUGAUGAGCUGAGGAAUUCCAGCAGCCAGAUGUUUAAGUCUUUGGCCUUUGACAUCCAGCAGUUGGUGUCUGAGGCAUUCAGAUUCAGCAAGCUGUGGUGGCUCUACCGAUUCUGCCAGGUUCAAUACUUCAGGCCUGGCAGUGUGGUAGUGACCUUUGACCUCUGGUUCAACCAAAUGAUUGACACAAAGGAAGUGGAGAAACAGCUGGAAACUGGACUUCAGAUAGUGGGAGGGACAUUAGUGAUUGACACAAACAGCAUCAAGAUCACAAAGAAACCUGAGCAGACGACACCAGUAGCAGCUAGUGUUACACCUACAACAGCAACAUGUCCGCCUGAGCAGAUGUCCUGUGCUGAUGGUUCUAUGUGUGUUCUGAUUGAUCAGUUCUGUGACGGAGUUGACGAAUGCUCCGAUGGCUCUGAUGAAGCUGCUGCUCAAUGUGCUACAGGUUGUGAUGGGCAGUUUUUGUUGGGAGGACCAAACGGAUCAUUCAGUUCAUCACAGUCUGAGACGUACAACAACAGCAUGUUCUGUCGCUGGAUCAUCAGGGUCAGUGACAGACUCUGGGUUGAGCUGAACUUCCAUCACUUUGAGACUGAGGAAACAACAGACACUCUGAAACUUUAUGAAGGAGUUGGAUCAAACAAACGACUCACAGCUGAGAUCUCAGGCUCCAUCCCUCCUGGGACUGUGUGGCUGAUGAGCGAUCAAUCAACUGUGGAGUUCACUUCAGAUGAUUUUAACAGUCUUUCUGGGUUCAAAGCCUCAUACAGCAGUGCCAACAAAUCUGCUCUGUCUGUCCAGGAGAAGCUCAGCUGCAGCUUUGAACCUGGCCUGUGUUUCUGGCGGCAGCAGCAAGAUGAUGAUGGUGACUGGGUCAGAACCAGUCGGGCUACCUUUCCUCCUUUUACAGGACCGAGUUCAGAUCACACCCUGGGGAACAGCUCAGGCUUCUACAUUGUCACUCCUAUGAGUCCUGGCCAAUGGCAGAAGAGCUUUAGAAUUUACAGCCUCCCUCUGACUCUGUUACAACCAAUGUGUUUAAGCUUCUGGUAUCACAUGUUUGGUGAAGAUGUUCAUCGUCUCAAAGUCCUGCUCAGUCCAUCUUUGUCGCAGACUAGUGCCAAUGUUACUGUGGUGUUCCAGAAAGACGGGAACUUUGGUGACACCUGGAACUAUGGCCAGGUGACCCUCAACCUGACCACAGAGGCCACAGUGAUCUUUGAAGCUCUGAAAAAAGGAGGUACAAAAAAUGACAUCGCUCUGGAUGACAUCACACUGACUUCUGAUGCCUGUGGUGCCGGUCCACCUGAGCCAACCAACGUCCCUCCUCCAAUCACACUGCCCCCCAUACCAGGUGAUGCAAUUCCAAGACUCAGAAGGACUCAAAACACCAUUGUCACCUGUCCAGCUGACUGUGGAGGACCUUUUGACCUCUGGGAACCAAACUCUUCCUUCAGCUCUCCAAACUACCCUCACUACUAUGGAAAUUUGGCUGAGUGUCUAUGGACUCUGCAUGCACACGAGGGCCAAAAUAUCCAGCUCCACUUCCUGGACUUUGAUACUCAGGCAAGCUUUGACAUGGUGGAGGUGCGGGAUGGGACAGGGCCUGAUUCCAACUUACUGGCUGUUCUCACUGGCAGCAAAGGCCCCUCCCAUGACUUAUUCUCAACAGCCAAUCAGAUGUCAGUAUGGUUCUUUACAGACAGUGAAUACUACGGCCGUGGAUUCAGGGCCAACUUCACCUGUGGGGUUGACCUGGGGUCUCCAGCUCCAUGUGCAGUCGACCAGUUCCAGUGCCAGUCAGGACAAUGUAUCUUUGGUAGCAGUCAUUGUGAUGGUGUGGUUGACUGUCUGGAUGGGUCAGAUGAAGCCAACUGUGUUGUGUUACAGGUAAAUGGUUCCAGUCGCCUUCAUUUUCAGGUCAUCUCCUUUCUGCUCCCAGUGUGUGCUGACACUUGGAACUCUUACCUGUCUGACUUUAUCUGUCAGUACUUGGGACACAGGUCUGGAGAGGCAUCGCUGGUGCCAGUCUUGCCUCAAGAUUUGCUCUUUGCAAACAUCAGGCUCACAAGUAAUGGAACAGUUGAAACCAGUGUCAGUGAAACCUGCAGACAUGAAAAAGUGAUUUCGCUGAACUGCAGCAACAAACCAUGUGGAAUGCGUCUGGUCAGUAACAUAACCAAUCGUUUGGACCAAUCAGAAGACAGGAAAGCUAUUGACGUUGAAGGCAGAGUGGUGGGCGGGGUUAAUGCCAUGAAAGGGGCGUGGCCUUGGAUGGUGUCUCUACAUUGGAGGGGGCGCCAUGCUUGUGGAGCAUCACUGAUUGGUGAAGAAUGGCUGCUGACAGCUGCACACUGUGUCUAUGGGAAGAACAUUCASCUGGAGUCCUGGUCCACCAUUCUUGGACUUCAUGCCCAGAGUGACAUGAACUCUGUAGGUGUUCAGACCCGACAAGUUGAUCGCAUCAUCAUCAACAGACAGUACAACAGAAGAACCAAACAGGCAGACAUCGCACUGAUGCAUCUGCAGCAGCCAGUUAACUUCACCCAGUGGGUACAGCCAGUGUGUUUACCUGCUGAAGGUCAGAGUUUCACAGAAGGAAGAAAGUGUUUCAUUGCAGGCUGGGGACGAGAAUCUGAGGGAGGUUCUCUCCCUAAUAUUCUCAAGGAGGCCCAGGUUCCUCUGGUGGACCAGGACCAAUGUCAGCGCCUGCUUCCUCAGUACACCAUCACCUCCAGCAUGCUAUGUGCUGGAUACCCUGAGGGUGGAGUUGACACAUGUCAGGGUGACUCUGGGGGUCCACUGAUGUGUCUGGAGGAUGGACACUGGACUGUGAUUGGUGUAACUUCAUUUGGGGAUGGCUGUGGGCAUCCUCAGAGUCCUGGAGUCUAUGCUCGAAUCUCUGCCUUCAUCUCCUGGAUUGCUCAGAGUAGACGCCCCUCCUUUUCUUCUUCAUCACUUUGAACUUCAUCUUCAUUCUGAAAUCAGAAAAAAAGACAGAUGGACUGGUUCCCAACUGAUUGAACUGUCAUCGAAGGUCGAAUAAUUAAAGUUUUUUUUGACUGAAA